AUGCAUCCUGCACGCACACUUUUAGAUAGUGCCUCCCAGCCAGAUUUGAUGAGUAGCCGUUUUGCUAACCGGCUAGGUAUCAAAUCGGGCACGGUCGAUAUCACGCUGAUUGGUGCUGGUCAAUCGUCCACCCCGGUGCGGAAAUCGAUGCGCACCACGGUAUCAUCCAGAGCGAGCCCUUAUGCAAUUAAUGUUGAGUUUUUGAUAGUCGAGAAGCUUAUUGCUGACCUGCCCGCACAUGAUGUGCCCACCAGCGGUUGGAAAUUACCGCCACAUAUCAUAUUCGCCGACCCCCAUUUCGAGAAGUCGGCACCGAUCGACAUUAUUCUCGGUGCCCGGCACUAUCACACGUUCUUUGUAAGCGGGGCGCAAUAUAAAAUGUCAUCGAAUCUACCAGUCCUGAUGGAGAGCGUAUUUGGCUGGGUCGUUAGUGGAUCAGCAUCUACCUCUCAGCCAGCAACAUCCAAUACUUUUCACACUUCAUGCGUGGUGUGUAUGGUUUCACUAGAAGAAUCAAUAGAGCGUUUCUGGAAAGUAGAAGAACUACAGGUUAACGAUGGCUAUUCUCCUGAGGAUCGCAAAUGUGAGCAAUUUUACAAGGAUACAACACAGCGAGAUGAAGCUGGUCGUUAUAUGGUAUGCUUACCUAAACAAGCAGACUUCGAUGUUAAGCUUGGCCUUUCGAAGGCAGCAGCAUUAAGGCGGUUUAGUUUGUUAGAAAGGAGGUUAGAACGAGAUCCAAACGUAAAAGCGGCGUACCAUGAUUUCAUGCGUGAGUAUCUGGAGCUUGGGCACAUGUCACGCAUAAAAAAUCCCUCCGACGACGAACGCGCGUAUUAUCUGCCUCACCAUCCCGUGUUCAAAGCCGCUAGCUCCACAACAAAGGUUCGCGUGGUAUUUGAUGGUUCAGCUAAGACGUCCACCGGCUUUUCGCUAAACGAGGCGUUAUGCGUCGGCCCUGUCGUGCAGGACGAUCUGCUCGACAUAAUUUUGCGCUUCCGCACAUAUAAGGUAGCCGUUGUUGGAGAUAUUGCGAAAAUGUAUCGACAAGUAUUGCUCCAUCCUAACGACCGGAAAUUUGUACGCAUUUGCUUUCGAUUUUCGCCUCACUCGCCAAUCGAAUAUUUUGAGCUGAAUACGGUUACUUAUGGCUUAGCCCCCUCAUCAUUCUUGGCAACCACAACAUUGCUGCAGCUUGCAAACGAUGAGGGCGCCUCUUGUCCCAAUGCUGCAGCUGCUUUGAAAACUAACUUCUACGUUGACGAUUUCAUCGGUGGUGCUGAUUCCAUCGGAAAUGCUCGCCAGUUGCGAAUCGAGCUUUCUCAAUUGCUCGCCAAAGGCGGCUUCGAGCUGCGAAAGUGGACAUCCAAUCAGUUCGAGGUGCUCGCCGGUUUAAAUGCGGAUCAAAUCGGCACACAGUCAGCGCGGCAAUUCUUACCACAGAAGACGGUAAAGGCUCUUGGUGUUUCAUGGGAGCCAGAGCAUGACGUUUUUUCCUUCGAAUCCGCAAUAUCCAGUGAUGUGUCCAUUCCGACAAAGCGAUCCAUUCUAUCCAACGUAGCUCGCAUGUUCGAUCCGCUGGGCCUGAUCUCCCCGAUUGUCAUUCGGGCCAAGAUGAUGAUGUAG